AUGCGAGCUGAAGAAGAGGAAGAGGUGGUGGUGUACAUUGAGGUGCUCUGUUCUGAUGAGAUUUACACCAAGGAAGAAAGGGAGACCAACGAAGGUCAGAAUUGUGGGUUUGUUCAGUGGGUUGAUGAGCAGUGGCCCCCAACAAUGGAGAAUGCAUUGUUGAAGCUUUGGUCAAUGGUUGAAGAGAGCAAGUCUGCUAGGGUGAAUGAUAAUCUUGAAAGUGCUUUAGCUAUUCACCAUUUGACAGAAAAAAAGAACAAGCUGGAUGCAGACUAUGACAAGUUAGUGAAAGAUGUGCAUCAACUUGUGGACUUUCAGGAGGAGAGGGUUGUGGAUUUCAGUUAUCUGCAGUCCACCAUCACAUAUCAGCACCAAUGCAGAGCUGAAUUGGUGGCUGGUAUGAAGGCAGAAAUGGCAAAGAAAGAUGCAGUUACAAAGAAGCUUCAACAGAAGUAUGAACUCAUGUGCAACCUGACAAGUGCUCAAGCAACUGUCAUCCAGAACCUGAAGUUGAAGAAUAUUAAAGAGAAGGAAUUGCUUAGUGAGGCUAGGAUGAAUUUGGAGUUGAAGAAUGAAGAGUUCACAAAGUUUGAGGAGAAGCUCACCCAAGAGAAGCUAGAGUUGAAGUUUCAGGUUGCUGAUCUGCUGAAGCUCAAGGAAAACCAUGAUGAAGAGAAGUACAUCCUACAGCUUAAGAUUUGUGAGCUCAUGAAGGCAGAGGAGAAGCUUAAGGAGAAGAUCAAGGGGAUCCAGGCCAUCUUACAGAACUGA